GGCUUGGCCGAAGCAUUCCAGUUCACCAGAUAUUCUCCUGCACCGGUGAUUGCCCAGUCGCCGCCGGCCGCCAGCCGCCGGGGAGCACUUCGCCUCUUGGUCUUGGAUAUCUGACCUUGGUGAGCCAGUGGACUAGUGGAGUACGAGGAUUAUCUCGGAGCUGGACCAUAGCUGCUUGUGAAAGUGCCGAUAGCGGCAUGGGCGGAUUCAGCCACACCUGUUCGGAGGCACGCAAGGUGUUUACCAGAAUGCUUAGCAGCGGGGUUGGAGGAAACGACCUCGCCGUGGAGGCUUUUGACCCGGCCAAGCGCCUCUUCAAGCUCAUCAUCUCCUGUCGGCAUGCCUCUGGGCUCGAGAUCGAGCUCGAUCACUGUGACCUCCGUGUCACCCCCGAUGUCGCCGAGCGUGUCCUGGAGCGCCUUGACAACGCUGGCAUGCUCGCAUACAGGUUCUUCGAGUGGACGCGCAAGCAGAAGCGUGGGGGCUGUGCCCAUACUGUCCGCUCCUACCACACAGUGGUCACGUCCCUUGCCAAGAUCCGUCAGUACCAGCUCAUGUGGGAUGUUGUUGCCAUCAUGCGCAGGGAGGGUGUGGUCAAUGUCGAGACGUUUGGCAUCAUCAUGCGCAAGUAUGCCCGGGCUCAGAAGGUUGAUGAAGCUGUUUACACGUUCAAUGUCAUGGAGAAGUAUGGUGUGGUACCCAACCUUGCCGCUUUCAAUAGCCUGCUUGGUGCGCUCUGCAAGUCUAAGAAUGUGCGCAAGGCGCAGGAGAUCUUUGACAAGAUGAACGGCCGGUUCAGCCCUGAUGCCAAGACAUAUAGCAUCUUGCUUGAGGGCUGGGGGAGAGCGCCUAAUCUCCCAAAGAUGCGAGAGGUCUACAGUGAGAUGCUUGAUGCAGGUUGCCAACCUGACAUAGUCACGUAUGGCAUCAUGGUUGAUUCUCUCUGUAAGACGGGCCGUGUUGAAGAAGCCGUCCUUGUGGUGCAGGACAUGAGCACCAGGGGCUGCCAACCAACAACCUUCAUAUAUAGUGUGCUAGUGCACACCUAUGGUGUGGAAUACAGGAUUGAGGAUGCUGUUGCAACAUUUUUGGAUAUGGAGAAGGAUGGGAUUGUACCAGAUGUUGUGGUUUAUAACGCACUCGUCACUGCAUUCUGCAGAGUGAAAAAAUUUGAGAAUGCAUUCAGAGUCAUGGAUGACAUGGAAGGCCAUGGAAUAACUCCGAACUCAAGGACCUGGAACAUCAUCCUUAACAAGCUGAUUAGCCUUGGAAAGGAUGACGAAGCAUACAGGGUCUUUCGCCGUAUGAUAAAGCGUUGCCAACCAGACUCUGAUACAUAUACCAUGAUGAUAAAGAUGUUUUGUGACAAUGACAGGGUAGAGAUGGCACUGAAGGUGUGGAAGUAUAUGAGGUUGAAGCAGUUUCUGCCUAGCAUGCACACAUUCUCUGUGCUGAUCAAUGGGCUGUGUGACAAGGGUGAGGUUAGCCAGGCUUGUGUUCUUCUUGAAGAUAUGAUAGAGAAGGGCAUUAGACCUCCAGGUUCGACAUUUGGCAAGCUAAGACAGCUGCUUCUAAAGGAAGGAAGGAAGGAUGUGCUUGACUUUCUCGUUGACAAAAUGAAGAUUCUGAUACAGGAACCUUUGUUUGAUUGACCACUCAUUACGUUCCAAUGUUUGUCAACGUCCAACUUGGGCAUUAGAGUAAGCCUGCCAUGCUCCAUAUGGAAAAGAAGUGGCAGAGCAAGAUGCUCGAAGAAACUCAGGUGCAGUGGCAGUAACAAUGUGGUGUUGGCCAAGUGCGGUGGCGGAACCAACCAUGCCGUGUGGGCUGAGCAUGAUGACAAAGGUUUGUAAUGUGCAUGGUAUGCUUGACAAAAAUCCUACGAGUAAUGUUAUUAAUCUAUGAUAUCAGUGUAUACCAUGGAUAGUUGCUUCUGUUUUGAUGAAUGAUGCUAGCUAGCUAGUUUUAUUUGGAACCCAUGUAACUGUCUAUUGCCGGGAUCUCUUUUACCAGUGAGAUCCCCUUUGAUUAUCCUCAAAUAAAUUUAUGUUUUGGUGUUCUUCUCAUUUUCCUGUUCAUGUAGACCUUGAUUGUAGCUGCAAAUUUCUUCGGGAAUUAGUGUGCUCACAACUGACUCAAACUAUAUAUGUCCAUUUUAUAUCCUCCAGCUAUCAUACUAAUUUUGAGGUCUUUUAUAUGAAAUGUUCCUUUCAUCAGAUUAGGCUAUUAUCACAGAUUCAGUAUAGAUGAGCUAUCCUCCAGCUAUCAUAUAACCAUGUAAGAUGUGCAUACAAUGUUUUUCAUUGGUGAAUUUCCCUAUGAUCUAAGUCUAUUAAUAGUGCAUAUUUCUUGUUCAUAAUCUUUGCGUGCUUCUUAUUCACAAAUUCAGUAUAAAACAGUAAUUAGGGCAUAUACCUUGAUAUAGUUAACUUCUUAAAGUAUGUAUUGCUUACUUGGGUACACACAAACUUUUAUUGCGUCCUGCAGGUUUGGAGUUAACCUAUACUAAAACUGGAAUUGUCUUCUCACAUCACUCUUUUGUGGUUAAUCAAGGAGCAUCCUACAUCUAAAAAGAAAAGGAACACACUAUUUUUUAUCAUAACUCCAUUUAUGUAAUUCUAGAGAGAGAGAAAAGGAUAAAUAGUUGUGCCUGCUACUCUACAUUAGGUUUAAAAUGUGCCUGGUUAUAUCAGCAAGAUGUUUUGGUUAAAGAAACAAUAGUCAACAAUCAGUUUGGUUUGUAAUUAGAUCCCUAAGACCAUGUUGUUUUGCACUUCAGAGUUUAUCUUUCUGUAAUAAUGAACUAAUGAUGAAUGGACACAUAAAUACA